CCCAAAAAUCAAAACCCAGAAGUUUGUCUUUUAACUCUGUAUCUAACAUCUCUCGGACUAGGAUUCCAGGAACACCGCCCUCUUUAACUGGUUAACUUUCCCUCCACAUUCUUAGAAGACUUUUCACUUCAAAAAAAGCGCCAAAACCUUAAACCCCUUAAAAACCCCUUCCACAUGUCAGCGCUUCCCCAACCCACCAUUUCUCUCGUUUCCCCGAACCUCAAAUCGCUCCCAACCCCCAAAACCCUUCUCAAAACCCUCUCUUCUUCCUCCCUCACCCACCUCAAACAAAUCCACGCCCAAAUCCUCCGCUCCAACCACUCCCACUCACAUACCCUCAUCCUCAAACUCCUCCUGUCCUCCCCUUCCCUCCCUUACUCUCUCUCCAUUUUUUCCCACCUCCCUCACCCUCUCCCUUCCCUUUCCACUCCCUUCCUACGCCACCUCUCCCGUAGCUCCAUACCCGAAUUCGCUUUAUUCGUUUACCAAAGGCUGAGGAAUGAAGGAAUAAAAAUUGACCGAUUCACUUUUCCUCCGCUUUUAAGAGCAGUUGCGAGGGUUGAGGGGUUGGCUGAAGGGAAAGAGAUUCAUGGGUUUGGAUUCAAGUUGGGUUUUGACUCGGACCCGUUUGUGCAGACGGCUCUUGUGGGUGUGUAUUUGGCAUGUGGGAGAGUUUCGGAGGCUCGGUUGGUGUUCGAUAAAAUGUCUUACCGGGAUAUUGUUGCAUGGAGUAUUAUGAUAGAUGGCUACUGUCUGAGUGGACUUUUUGAUUGUGCAUUGGAGCUUUUUGAGGAGAUGAAGAGGGCUAAUAUUGAGGUGGAUAAGUUUAUACUUUCCAGUAUUCUUUCUGCUUGUGGUCAUGUUGGGAAUCUAAAUCAUGGGAAGGCAAUACACGACUACAUUAUUGAAAAAAAUCUUGUGGUUGAUUCUCAUUUACAGAGUGCUCUGGUGACUAUGUAUACAAGUUGUGGUUGCAUGGAGAUGGCUCAGAAAUUGUUUGAUCAGAUGGCACCAAAGAACUUGGUUGUUUCGACAGCAAUGGUUUCUGGGUAUUCAAGUCACGGACGAAUUGAGGAUGCUCGAUUGAUUUUUGACCAAAUGGUAGAGAAGGACUUGGUGUGUUGGAGCGCGAUGAUAUCUGGUUAUGCUGAGAGUGAUCAACCACAAGAAGCUCUAAGAUUGUUUAAUGAACUGCAAUUUCUGGGAAUGAGACCUGACCAGGUGACAAUGCUGAGUGUUAUAUCAGCUUGUGCGCAUCUUGGUGUACUAGAGAAAGCCAAAUGGAUACAUGUAUAUUCUGAUAAGAAUGGUUUUGGAGGAGCUUUACCUAUUAAUAAUGCUCUCAUUGAUAUGUAUGCCAAAUGUGGAAGUUUGGAAAGAGCAAGAGGGGUUUUUGAGAAAAUGACAGGAAGAAAUGUAAUAUCUUGGACCAGUAUGAUCAAUGCAUUUGCCAUACACGGGGAUGCCAAUAAUGCUCUAAGGUUCUUUCAUAAAAUGAAAGAGGCACAUGUUGAGCCCAAUGGAGUUACAUUUGUGGGUGUGCUUUAUGCUUGUAGCCAUGCAGGGCUGGUUGAGGAGGGCCAAAGAAUCUUUGCAUCCAUGAUUAAUGAACACAAGAUUGCUCCUAAACAUGAACAUUAUGGUUGCAUGGUUGACCUCUUUGGCCGUGCUAAUCUCUUAAGAGAAGCUCUUGAGAUUGUAGAGACAAUGCCUUUAGCACCCAAUGUUGUCAUUUGGGGAUCCCUCAUGGCUGCUUGUCAAAUUCAUGGUGAGACUGAAUUAGGAGAAUUUGCUGCCAAAAGGCUACUUGAGCUGGAGCCAGAUCAUGAUGGGGCUCUUGUGUUGUUGUCAAAUAUUUAUGCCAAAGAAAAAAAGUGGCAAGAUGUUGGGGAGUUGAGGCACUUAAUGAAAGAAAGAGGCAUAUCUAAGGAGAAGGGAUGUAGUAGGAUAGAAUUGAACAAUGAGGUGCAUGAGUUUUUAAUGGCAGAUAGGGAUCACAAACAGGCAGAUAAGAUCUAUGAAAAGUUGGAUGAGGUGAUUAGUCAUUUGAAGCUGGUUGGCUAUUCUCCUAAUACCCAUAGUGUUCUGGUUGAUUUAGAAGAGGAAGAAAAAAGGGAGGUGGUUCUAUGGCAUAGUGAGAAGUUGGCACUUUGUUAUGGACUUAUUAAUGGGGGAAAAGAUUCAUGCAUUCGGAUAGUUAAGAAUCUUAGAGUUUGUAAGGACUGCCAUACCUUUAUGAAGUUAGUUUCAAAGUUGUAUGGUAGGGAGAUUGUUGUCAGGGAUAGGACAAGGUUCCAUCAUUAUAAAGAUGGACUUUGUUCUUGUAAAGACUAUUGGUGACUUUUCUUGAGACUUUAGUCAGCUGUUUGAUCCUAAAUAGAGAAAUUCUGUAACAACAUAUAUAAUUUGAAAUGUAUUAAGAAUUGUUUGUGA